AUGGCUCAAAGAGUUACUUUCAGAAGAAGAAACCCAUACAACACCAAGUCUAACCAAAUCAAGGUUGUCAAGACCCCAGGUGGUAAAUUAGUUGCACAACACGUCAAGAAGCAAGCUACCAGACCAAAGUGUGGUGACUGUGGUAUUCCUCUUCCAGGUAUUGCAACCUUAAGACCAAGAGGUUACGCAUCCAUCUCCAAGACUCAAAAGACUGUUUCUAGAGCAUACGGUGGUUCCAGAUGUGCAAACUGUGUUAAGGAAAGAGUUGUUAGAGCCUUCCUUAUCGAAGAACAAAAGGUUGUCAAGAAGGUUUUAAAGGAAGCAGCAGCAAAGAAAUAA